UGGUCGGCCUCUUUGCUCCAUCUUAGAAACCCUAGCCGUGCGGUAUCGCUCGGCCCUGUUGCUCUCCUUUUUCUUCUUCUUCUUCUCGUUUUUACUCUUUUCGAUCUCCGUCGACGCAAUGGCCGGCAAGGGUGAAGGUCCGGCGAUCGGGAUCGAUCUCGGGACGACCUACUCGUGCGUCGGCGUGUGGCAGCACGACCGGGUGGAGAUCAUCGCCAACGACCAGGGGAACCGCACCACCCCCUCCUACGUCGCUUUCACCGACACCGAGCGGCUCAUCGGCGAUGCCGCCAAGAAUCAGGUCGCCAUGAACCCCACCAACACCGUCUUCGAUGCCAAGCGACUUAUCGGCCGGCGGUUCUCUGAUGCUUCUGUCCAGAGUGAUAUCAAGCUCUGGCCCUUCAAGGUUAUUGCUGGCCCUGGGGAUAAGCCCAUGAUUGGUGUCCAGUACAAGGGUGAGGAUAAGCAGUUCUCUGCAGAGGAGGUUUCAUCCAUGGUCCUCAUGAAGAUGAAGGAGAUUGCUGAAGCCUACCUUGGUUCUACUAUUAAGAACGCAGUUGUCACAGUCCCUGCCUACUUCAACGACUCCCAGCGUCAGGCCACCAAAGAUGCUGGUGUCAUUUCUGGCCUCAAUGUCAUGCGAAUUAUCAAUGAACCCACGGCUGCCGCUAUUGCAUAUGGUCUUGAUAAGAAGGCUAGCAGUGUUGGCGAGAAGAAUGUUCUCAUCUUUGACCUUGGUGGAGGCACCUUUGAUGUCUCUCUCCUUACCAUUGAAGAGGGUAUCUUUGAGGUGAAGGCCACUGCUGGGGACACCCAUCUUGGCGGAGAAGACUUUGACAACCGCUUGGUGAACCACUUCGUCCAAGAGUUUAAGAGGAAACACAAGAAGGACAUCACUGGAAAUCCGAGGGCGCUUAGGAGGCUGAGGACAUCUUGCGAGAGGGCAAAGAGGACCCUUUCAUCUACUGCCCAAACCACAAUCGAGAUUGAUUCCCUGUACGAGGGCAUUGAUUUCUACUCCACCAUCACCCGUGCCAGGUUUGAAGAGCUUAACAUGGAUCUCUUCAGGAAGUGUAUGGAGCCUGUAGAGAAGUGCCUGAGGGAUUCCAAGAUGGAUAAGAGUAGUGUCCAUGAAGUUGUCCUCGUUGGUGGGUCCACCAGAAUUCCCAGGGUGCAGCAGUUGUUGCAGGAUUUCUUCAACGGGAAGGAGCUGUGCAAGAACAUCAACCCUGACGAGGCAGUGGCUUACGGGGCUGCUGUCCAGGCUGCCAUUUUGAGUGGCGAGGGAAAUGAGAAGGUGCAGGAUCUUCUUCUGUUGGAUGUCACCCCCCUGUCCCUUGGACUGGAGACUGCAGGAGGUGUCAUGACUGUCCUAAUUCCAAGGAACACAACCAUUCCCACCAAGAAGGAGCAGGUCUUCUCAACCUACUCCGACAACCAGCCUGGUGUCUUGAUUCAAGUUUAUGAAGGCGAGAGGGCCAGGACCAGGGACAACAACCUCCUUGGUAAGUUUGAGCUCUCAGGCAUUCCUCCUGCACCAAGGGGCGUUCCUCAGAUUACAGUUUGCUUCGACAUCGAUGCAAAUGGUAUCCUUAAUGUGUCUGCUGAGGACAAGACCACCGGACAAAAGAACAAGAUCACCAUCACCAAUGACAAGGGUAGGUUGAGCAAGGAGGAGAUUGAGAAGAUGGUCCAAGAUGCAGAGAAGUACAAGUCCGAGGACGAGGAGCACAAGAAGAAGGUGGAGGCUAAGAAUGCCUUGGAAAAUUAUGCCUACAACAUGAGGAACACCAUCAAGGACGAUAAGAUUUCAUCCAAGCUGGCUGCUGAUGACAAGAAGAAGAUCGAGGAUGCCAUUGAGCAGGCUAUCCAGUGGCUGGAAGGAAACCAGUUGGCGGAGGCUGAUGAAUUCGAGGACAAGAUGAAGGAGCUGGAAGGCAUCUGCAACCCCAUCAUUGCCAAGAUGUAUCAGGGUGCGGGUCCCGACAUGGCUGAUGGAAUGAAUGAUGAUGCUCCCGCUGCUGGCGGCAGUGGGUCUGGCCCCAAGAUUGAGGAGGUCGAUUAAUUUCCAGGCUAGCAUGCCUGGUUUUGGAUUAUGGUUGGUUAAACUUAUACUUCCAGAGCACUUUCUAUGGCUAUCCAUGGCUGCUAUAUGUCAUGGGUCAUUCUUUUGAUGGGGAUUUUAACCUGUUAUGCUCUUGAAGGGCUACUUUAUGUUAUUUGCAUUUAAGUUUCAUCUUGUUUUAUGAUUGCUAUUCUAUAAAUGAUGGUCGCCUCAAUGAAUUUGAUUCUCUAA